UUAAUGAUCACGCAAAAACAGAUAAAUAAAAACCCUAAUCUAGGAAUUCACUUUAAGCGGCUCAAGAGCGAGAAUCCCCAAAAUUUCCUAAACGACAAUCGGACAAAACGUUUUCGUCCCCCAGCAAAUCAAAUCAAAAUCAACCCCGUUCUUUGCAACUCCUCCAUUCUGGGUUACCUGCAACUGUUUCCGUGGGAUCAUAGAAUUGUCUUGAGUUUUUUUUCCUGUUCUAUGUGGCCACUGGGAAGGUCUUUCUGAGUUUGUAGAUUUGAGCACAAUUUAAUCGCGAUUGUGUGGGAUUCUCUGAAGAUUUAAGGUAUAGAAUUAGGGUUUUGUAUUGGGUGUUUAGAGAAUUCUGAAGGGAUUGUUGAUUGAUCGUUUGGAGUAAAGUAUAAGGAGAGCCCAACAAAGCUGCUGUUCUGACCUGGUUUUGACCAAGAAGUGUCGUCUGAAAGUCUGAUUCGUGUUCUGAAGGAAGAGGUCUAGAAGUUCUCACUGUGGAUUCAACGGUUAUGAAUUUACUCAUUUGGAUUUUGGCAAUUAAAUAAUAGGGGGACCUGAGAAUUUCAUAUUUCUUGGUGAAUGCUUUUGGGUCUUGGAGAUUGUUGAUGUUGUGGUACUGAUUAGAGGUUGGAGUUUAGGAUGGAUGAAUCUCAGGGCAGUUCCAAUUCACUGCCACCUUUCCUUUCAAAGACAUAUGAGAUGGUGGAUGAUCCUUCCACAGAUUCAAUUGUUUCCUGGAGUCAGACCAAUAAAAGCUUUAUUGUAUGGAGUCCACCAGAGUUUUCAAGGGAUUUGCUCCCAAGAUUCUUUAAGCAUAAUAACUUCUCAAGCUUCAUCAGACAGCUGAACACAUAUGGUUUUAGAAAGGCCGAUCCAGAACAAUGGGAAUUUGCAAAUGAAGAUUUUGUAAGAGGCAAGCCACAUCUUAUGAAGAACAUCCAUAGACGGAAGCCAGUUCACAGCCAUUCUAUGCAAAAUCUCCAAGGACAGGGAUCUAAUCCUUUAACUGAUUCAGAAAGACAGGCAUUGAAGGAUGACGUAGAUAGACUUAAAAAUGAGAAAGAAGUGCUUAUCUUGGAGUUACAGAGGCAUGACUGUGAGCGUCAAGGAUUUGAGUUGCAAAUGCAAGCUUUGAAGGAGAAAUUGCAACAGAUGGAACGGAGGCAGCAAACUAUGGUGUCUUUUGUUUCCCGAGUCUUGCAGAAACCUGGACUUGCUUUAAAUCUCAUGUCAGAAUUGGAAACAGGCCAUGACAGAAAGAGAAGGUUGCCAAGAAUUGGUUAUUUUUAUGAGGAGGCCAGCAUUGAGGAUAAUCAGAUGGCAACUUGCCAAGGUCUCGCCAAUGGAAGUGCAGAUAUUACUUCUACACCACUAUCAAACACAGAGCAGUUUGAGCAGUUGGAGUCAUCCCUGACAUUUUGGGAGACUACUGUAAAUGAUGUUCAGACCAACAUUCAACGCAAUUCAACCUCAGAGUUGGAUGAAUCUAUAAGCUGCGGAGAAAGCCCAGCCAUAUCUUGUGUACAGUUUAAUGUUGAUGUUCGCCCUAAGUCUCCUGCCAUCGACAUGAAUUCUGAGCCUGCUGUAGCUUCAGCUCCAGAGCCAGAUCCUCCAAAGGAGCAAGUAUCUGGGACUGCUCCUACUGCGGCAACUGGAGUCAAUGAUGUAUUCUGGGAACAGUUUUUAACUGAGAAUCCUGGUGCAACUGAUGCGCAGGAAGUCCAAUCAGAAAGAAAGGAUUCUGGUGAUAGGAAAAAUGAGAUCAAACCUAGUGAGCAAGGAAAAUUUUGGUGGAAUAUGAGGAAUGUAAAUAAUCUUGCAGAACAGAUGGGGCAUCUUACUCCUGCAGAGAGAACUUGAAAUUGCUUGAUUGUUUUUUCAGGCUUCUGAUGCCUCAGAGCCUCACAUGUAUUAAAUUUAGGUAUGAUUUGUUGAUGCAGUAAUAAUAGAUUGUGUUUUGAUCUCAUCAUCAACUUAUGUUGGCAUGUUGCAUCUCA